ACCCCAAAGUGAUGCACGGGCGUCACUUCCGUCCAGGCCGGAAGCCAAGAUGGCUGCGCUCCUGUGGAGACCUGCAGGCCGUUAUGGCCUCCGUGGCCGCCUCGGUCCUCAGCUCUGUAUCAGACAUGCUGUUCCUUUGGGAACCUCAGCCAAGGAAGACAAGGAGAGAUGCCGGAAUAAGAAUGCUGGUUUAAACCGCCCCAUUUCUCCGUACAUCACGAUCCACAGUUGGUCUCUGCCCAUGGCCAUGUCCAUCAGCCACCGCGCCACUGGCAUUGCCUUGAGCGCAGGGGUCUCUCUCUUUGGCUUGUCGGCGCUGCUGCUCCCGGGGACCUUUGAGUCUUAUCUGGAGCCGGUGAAGGCGCUUUGUCUGGGGCCGGUGCUGAUCCACUCGGCCAAGUUUGCUCUCGCCUUCCCUCUCAUGUUUCACACCUGGAACGGGAUCCAGCACUUGAUGUGGGACCUGGGAAGAGGCCUGACGACCCAGCAGGUGACCCGGUCCGCGGUGGCCGUCCUGGUCCUCAGCGUGCUGUCCUCGGCGGGGCUGGCGGCCCUGUGAAGAGCGGCGUCCCCAGCUCCUCCUGCCCCAGGUGAUCAGUGACUACCUGUCCUCCGCUCUCCCCUGCUCAGACCCGUGUGCCGGCGCUGUCCCUGGAGCUCAGCUGCAGAAAGGGUCCCGGGGUCCCCUCGUUUCUAAAGAUGGGGUGGCUGCAGCAGCUCCCUCUUCCUGCCCCCCGCUUGCAGCCCUUAUUCUCUUCAUAUUGGGCCUUGAUUUGUGCUGAGGGUCAGCUCUUGGCUUCGCUUCCUGAGACGGUGGGCACAAAGCCAGCUCUGUGGCCUCCACCAUGCAGACU